AUGCACGAUAGCUCCAGCAACAUCCUUGAUCAAAGCUCGCAGCAUUAUGACUUGGUUCUCCCUGUAGUCUGCUCGCAUGACUCCAAUCUGCUAGCAUCUGCUUCUAGUGACCAGACCGUCAAGCUGUGGGACGCCGGCAGGGGCGCCUGCGUGCUCAAGCUCCUCAAGCAGUUCAAAGUGACGGCGGCGCAGGAUCUCCGGCUCAUUCCGCAGUGGCCGGACCAGUUGGGGGCGUAUUUCGCGCGGGAGGGGCUUACCGCAGUGGAGACCCACCGGGUGCAGGCGGCGGCGACGGCGCCGCACCUCGAGUUCGCCAUGCACCAGUGCAAUCUCCUGAUGUACGAGAUGAUUGCCUCGCGGGCAGCGGAAGGAUCCAGGGCCCAGCAGAUCCGGACUUUGAUUCCUCGCGUGGUGGGGGAGUCCAAACGGGGGGCGAUGUACGUCAUGCAUCGAGUGGUGGUGGGGCAGAAGAAGCCUUGA